GCAUUCGUAGAGUGCACACGAAUAUCAUCUAAGCCCCUAGCGGACGGCGCGACGUUUCAUUAACCUACAAACGAAAUAAAAUGUAGUCAUUGACGUAAAUGUUGAUGAGUAGAAAAGUUUUUGUGAACUUGUAUUAAUGAUGAGCGAGGGUUUCCGAGUCGGUAGUAACUUUGUGAGUGUACUGCAAACUAUUAGGGAAUAUCAAGAGUUUUUUUCUUUUAAAGGUUGUGUUUAUAUUUGUGGUUGUGAGCGAUGUGUCCGAUUGUAAAAGUGGGAUGUUUCUUCCGCAUUACGAUCCCGGCACCGCCGACCGCAGCUGAACGAAUUGAUAGUUUAAUAGCAAAUAUUACGAACAAUAGUCCGAAUGUAAUUUAUUAAUGUUAGUGUUAUUAUUAGCUAGAAAAUAUAACAAAAUGUAUAGUGAAGUGUGCAUACAAAGGACACUGAUCGCGUUCUUCCUGCUAGCCACGACGAAUGCGCCGUCGGCGACGCAAAACACAGUUAUUUCAGGGGUGGUAACAUCGCCUGUAGCCGCGACGGUGACGCGAGUACCAGCGAUCGUCGGCGGCGAGGCAGACAUGCCCUGUGACAUCAGACCACCGAUGCACAACGACAGUCUACUUCUCGUAGUCUGGUACCGAGAUGAUAAUCCUGUGUACAGUUACGACACUCGAGUACCAGGCCCAUCAGCACAUUGGGUGGACGAGGCUUACAUUGGUCGCGCCCACUGGCACAGCGUACCCAGUGCUGGGCUGAAGAUGCUAGAGAUCAAAGGAAGAGAUCGCGCCAUCUACAGGUGUCGUGUGGACUUCCAUGUGUCUCCCACCAGAAACUAUAAGAUCGCACUUGAUGUUAUAGAGCUUCCAAGUAAACCUGUCAUCUUCGAUGAGUACGGGAAAGAAAUAUCAGGAACAGCGGGUCCCUACCACGAAGGAGGAGAAUUCAAACUGAUAUGCUCCGUUAAAGGAGGUUACCCGACGCCCCGGAUUCAGUGGCUUCAAGGUGACACCGUGUUGGCUACGUUGAGUGCUGGGGACUACUCGCCACCUAUAAGGACCUUGACCUUGGUCGUUAGAAAUGCAACGAGAGCGCAUUUAGCAGCUCUGUAUACUUGCACUGCUGAUAACACGUUAUUAGCUGCGCCACAGAAGACUACUGUGAAAAUUGAUUUGUUUUUAAAACCACUAGGAGUAGAAAUACUUUCGAGGGAGCAGCCUCUGUCUGUCGGUAGGAAGUCAGAGCUGUGGUGUAAGACGAUGGGGGCGAGACCUCCAGCCACCAUCACGUGGUGGCUUGGUGGCAAGAGACUAGAAGCCAUCACUAAAGAUUCGGGUGUUGCGGAAGCGAACGAGACCGAAUCGUUACUACAAUGGAUGCCAUCAAAAGACCAUAAUGGUCAAGUUCUUACGUGCAGAGCGGAACAUCCGAACUUCAACCAUUCUAGCAUUGAAAGCAAACUGCAGUUGAACGUGUAUUAUAUGCCAGAAGCAAAGAUUCACCUUGGGGCUAAGAUGAACCCGAAUGACAUUGAGGAGGGUGAUGACGUGUACUUCGGCUGUAAGGUGGAUGCCAAUCCGCCUGCCUACAAAGUUGUUUGGGAACAUAAUGGUGUUCUACUGCAACACAAUCCUGCGAACGGUGUUAUACUGACGGGAAACACAAACCUGGCACUACGGAACGUGUCCAGACUUCAGGCGGGCCAGUAUACGUGUACCGCUUCCAACGUCGAAGGGGACGGCAAGUCGCCAUAUUUGCAUAUGCAAGUUGUUUAUAGACCAUUAUGCCAAAGAAAAGAGAUGAAGAUAAUAGGAGCAGCUUUACAAGAGCCUACAACAGUCACGUGUGAAGUCGACGCCUUUCCACCACCAGACACCUUCGAAUGGACCCUCAAUAACUCAGCAGGUUCCAUCAAAGUUGACCCUGACCGUUUCACAGUAGAAGGAAAGGAGGGCAAGUCUCUGCUGACGUAUACACCGGUGUCCGAUGUCGACUACGGGACGUUAUCGUGUCGAGCAACGAACUUAGCUGGGCAGCAAGUGACGCCGUGUGUUUACACACUACUGCCGGCGACGAGGCCAGAUCCGCCCACCAAUUGUACUGUGUACAACCUGACUGACGAUUCGCUGGACCUUAUGUGUUUACCAGGUUACGAAGGCGGUCUCCAAUGCAUUUACAUAGUGGAAGUGUGGGCUGCAGAAGGUUUGGUAGUCAACGCAAGUAAUGCAGGUGCAUUAUGGAAUCUAAGAAGACUUGGAGCCAACAGGCAGUUGCGUCUGAUAGUGUACGCAGCUAAUGCAAGAGGACGAUCUGAACAUGUCACCUUUCCUGUGGAAACUGCGGUCAGAUUGGCUCCGAGAACUGAACCGCAAGAAGCAUGGGAAGUAAAUUGGGCAGUCGGCGUGUUCCUCGGUGCUGCGUUGACCAUCGCUUUUGUUCUAUGCCUCGCUCUCAUCGCAACGAAGCUACGUCAGAGAUCACGAGAUUAUGAAGUAACACUACCUUCGAUAAAGAAUCAGAAAGUGAUCGUGCAGAAGAGGAAUUCUCCUCAAAAUGCUGAUGACAAGAACCCUGACCUUAUCCCGUUAAGCAAAGGUGUUGCAGAAGCCCCUCCAGAUCCGCCCUUGUAUUCUGCAAUUGCUCAGCCAAAAAAUUCAAACAGCGCGCACAGCUUGCAACGUACACAGACGCCGGUGACGCCCAUCUCAUCCCACGCACAUUAUACUGAUAUGCAGAAUGAUUCCGGUCGAGGGAUGAUCAACGGUGCAAUGAGGUCACAUCGAGAGAUUGUCACCACAAGGACACCGUUGUUAGCGGCGCAUCAAGAAAGCUGUGUAUAAAAGCCAUAUCCAUUUUCAUUUCAUACCUACAUUCUUGUAUAUGUGAAAAAAAAGUUGAUAUUGUUAUCUGAUUUUAAUUCGAUUCGCAAUAACAAUAAUGCGUUCUAGCAGUUAUAAAAUUAAGACAUGACUGAUGAACAAUUAUUAAGUAAAGAAGAUUAUUAGAAAAAUUAUUGAAAUAAAUGGUUUUAAUGAUAUAAUAUUAGUUAGAUACUCUUUAAGAGAAUGUCGGACGGCUCUAAGCUCCUUUAGGAUACAUAGACAUAAGUACCAAACUGUAAAUAUAAGUAAUAAAUACAUAUAAAAAUUGUGUUUCGAUAUUCACAUACGGAAUUUCAUUUCGCAAUGCACUAAUAGAAGAUUUAAAUGUAAUUAUUACAAUUAAAUAAAAUGUAAAAAGUUAACGUCAUACAUACAUAAGUGUCAAUAAAUUAUUUAAUUUUGAUUAAUAAACAAUAUUAAGGCCAGUCCAUUUUUUUUAAUUUUAAUUACUUUUAUAUUGUAUAUUAAUUCGCGUUGCAAAUUAAAUAGUUGUCAAUUAAUUAAAAUUUUAAUUAAUUAUGCCUGUGAUUUAUUGAAAUGGCGGAAUGACAAAAGUUAAGUUCUCAUUACGAUCAAUUUAAGCAUUAAUUUAUUAUUAUUUAUUUAGUACAUAAUUAAGUUUUAAUACAUUUGUUUAUUAUGUUAUCAGCUCACUCAGGUAACUGUUUGACGAGGAACUUGACUAGUUUCUAGCCAUGCAUAUGACACAGACAUAUGAUGCGGCGACUAUCGCGCUGCUACUGAGUACUCUAGCAUGGCUUAAAACUAGUCGAGUUCCUUGUGAAACAGUUACGUGUGUAAGCCGAUAACACAAUAAUUAAUUUCGUAAGUCUCAUGAAAGUUAUACUAAAAACAUUGUUUAUAGUGCGCACGGAGCUAGUAGUUGGUCGCUCUUUAAGUGGUGACAGGGAGUUGCAACACAUAAUAAUAAUAUGAGAUGUGACAAUGAUGAUCAAUCU